CCCCAUCCUUUGAUUUUAGGGUUCCCACGCGCCAAACUCUCGAGAUCCCAAGCCCCAGGACGACAAAUGAGCACCAUGAUAUGGCGAUGACCGUUGCCGCGGGUCAAAACGAAUGUUUGCUCGGCGGAGGCUUUGUCGGUCCGCUUUCCUGACCAUACAACGCCCAAGGAACCGCAGCGAUGCAGUGUUGCGCAAUAAUGACGAUCCACCCGCUCCACCAUGCAGCACCACGCCCAGGGUGCUGCAUAGAAACAUCAUCGCUGAGUUCAAAAGUGUCGAUUCUCAUCGUCUCCCCGCGCCCGCCAUCCUCAACCGCAAUCGGAUCAAGAGGAUUCUUGUUCUCGUGAUCACUCAGCAAGCGCGCCAGGACCCACGACUUGACAUCGGUCACGAACCCAGUCCCGCAAUUCACGAGUUUGCAGUCGUUCUCCGGGCGCGGCCCGUAGGUAUUGUCUUCGAAAGCAUGCAAUGUGGUCUCAAGGCAGUAGCUUGGCCAGCCGGCGGAGAAGGGAAUGGGUGCGAUGGAUAGAAAGGAGGUGAUAGAGAAGGGCAAUGGGAGUCUGUAGCCGACGAUCUGCGCGACUGCCCUUUGGAAGAUUCUUUCGCCGAAGAAGAGGAGGAUAAAGAUGAUUGUGAUUACCCUCGUCCAGGUUGUUUCAUUCUCAGGUGUUACGAGGCGGUCCAUUGCUGGUUCCAAAGGUGAUUGGUGAGUUGACUUGACUUGGUGUAAUUCGAGUCCAAACGUUGGGCUUGGAAAAAAAGAGUGGUCAAGACAGCCAAGCCUGUUUAGUUGCUGUUGUUGUUUUUCUUCACGUUCGAGGGUGUGGUGCUGCUUUAUAGUAGGCGAGGAGUGUAGCGUGUUUGCUAUCAUAUCAAACUCGUGAAUAGGCGAGCAAACGGAGUGAGCGGGAUAAAAUGCACAGCCUCGAGGACCGGAGAAGUGAAUGGGGAUGCAGUGAAGGAUAUAGCACGUGACGCUAGUGCUGGGCAGACUUCGCGCGUAGACUUUUCCAGAACAGGCAUGAUACGCUUCUCGGAAAUUCCGCUCGUGACAUGUUUGUAAAGAACACUCUGUUCUUUCUGUGAUGCUCGGUAUUGUACCCGUUUCCCCCCUGAACUCUCCAUUUACCUUUCCGCACAGUAUCAUCGAACAUAUAUACCUGAAAAUCGGUUGUGAUCUGUUGUUGUAUUGCAUGAAUGGACAAUAGUAUAAAUAAAAGUACAAGGUAUUG